AUGAUUAAUUUCAUGAAUACACUAAAGAUAUCACCAAAGAGAUAUAGUCCAUUUGAAAUCCGAAAUGAUUUGAUAGAUAUUGAUAAGAAGUUAACUGAGUUAGAACUGAGAGGUAGAAAUUUGGAAGAUACUAUAAGAAAUGCCACUACUUCCGAGGUGGAAGAUGAAUUAAUGACUGAAUGGUUUAAAUUAAUUAAUGAAAAGAAUGAACUGGUUAGACAAGAAGCUGACUUGAUUUAUAUAAAUCGUGAACAGGAACUAGAAGAUGAACAAGAUAGUAUUGACAGUCGACUACGUUAUUUAAUGUCCAUAUUAGAUGAAGAUAAGACAGUAGAUGAACGUGAAGAAGAAGAAGAUCUGAUCAAUAAGAAACUAGAUGUAAUCAACAAGAGAAGUAGUAUUGUAGAUAGUAUAGAUGAAGACAGAAUUAGGUAUGAGGAAGAAGAUCGAGAUAUAGCCAAAGUUUUGUAUUCAAAAGGAUAUGAUAUUAGUGGUGAAGAACAGAUUAAGAAAGUAGUUGAAGAAGAAAGUCUUUCUGGUAAAAAGAAGAAGAAAAAUAAGAAAUAUAUCUAA